CUGUCCCAUCUCUGCCCGCUCGCCCCAUCCCGGGAGACGCCCAUAAGCGGCCGCUGCGGAGACCUCGCCGAGUGUUUUUGCGGCGCUCCCUCGCUUCGGGUCUGGUUGUCUGCGGCGCUCCCUCGCUUCGGGUCUGGUUGUCUGUGUCUGAGGUUCAUGAAUAAUAUUUCAAAAUGUUUGCAAAGGCAGCGAGUAGUUUUGUAAAGCAGAUCGAAAGCAGCGGCGAACUGAUUCCGGUCAGCAGCCUGAAUGAUUCCGAUAAGUUGCAGCUCUUGAGCUUGGUAACCAAGAAGAAAGCGGGAUGGUUCUGGCAGAAGCCCAAAUAUCACCCCUCCUCAUUUACCCUUCACGAAAUAUUGACUGGCAAUGCGCCCAUCAAACCUGUUGUCACAGAAUCCACUUUUCUCAAGUAUGAAGGAAAAUUUGAAGAAAAGGUGGAGGCGAGCGCAGACACAAAAUUUGCAAAUUUAAGCUUCGAUCUAGAAGGCCAGGAUGCAGUGGAGCUAAAAUCCUCUUUUGGGGACUUACAGAAACAAGAAAUAGACUUACAACAGCUCUUGAAAAUAGUUGAGAAAAGCACUAUACAGUUGAACCACCCCUUUGUCCAACAAGUUUGUGAGAAAAGAAACAAAAUAUUGUGCAUAGUAAGUGAAAAGGUUAUCACGUUGCAGAAGUGCUCUAUUUCUGAACACACUCAGAUUGAAGAAAAGUGUGGCAGCACAAUGGGACUCAAAACCAAAAUAUUAAAGGUUUCGGUAGACGAUGACGGUGCUGUAACGAAGGACGUUGGUGUUGCAUUGGAGAUCCCAGCUCGCACUGUUAUUGCGUACACCGUUACAGAGCUCUUCAUAAACCACGACGGGCACUUUGAGUUGUGCCUGCUCUCAGAUAGACAUGGAGGAUUUGAUAGGGCCCUUCUGGGUAGAAAUAAAGGAGAUGGUGCAAACCCAGUGUUCACCCCUUUAAGCUGCGUUGAUGGAGCCCAGAAAAGCAAACAGUCUGCACUUACCAUGGACGUCCCUGCUGAAACUUCACUAAUAGUUUUAAAACCAGCAAUUGAAGAGGCAAAUCAACAGUUCCAGCCAUUCCGUGAACUUACCGAGGAAAACCGACAACAGCUGUUCAGACUUUGCUGUGAAUUCUUGUAUCACGAAGAGGUGAUUUAUUUUCUUGAGAACACUCUUGAUGAGCUUUCUGCAGCAGAGCAACCAAAUCUGUCAGGCCUACAGGAUCUGGAUUCAGCACAAGCAGAAAAGGUCAAGGAGCUGCUCCAAAUUUUAGGCUUUAGCUGCUCAAAUGGGGAGGGUUGUUUGACCAAAGACAUCAAGACUCCAGAACUAUUAGCAGCUGGGUUCCACCUUUUUACUACUCUAACUGGAAUGUCUGAAGAAACUCUUGCGGUCUUGGGUAUUUGUUGUGAAACUCAAAUUCUUCCAAGUUUGCAUUAUUUGAUUAAUAAUGUCUCUGAUGAUGGGGUGGUUCCUGUUGAUAAUCCAGACCUCCUGCCCUUGAAAGAAGAGGAGAACUUCUGCAUAGCUCACCGGCUGCUUGCAUUAUCAAAUGUUUGCCUUGAAGUGGAAGAAUCGGCAAUGAAAGUUAUAACAGAUGUGGAGCCUGCUAUGGCUCCUGUGCUUCUCUGCAUAGUUCUGCAAGGAUUUGCCAUCCUAAAUGGGAUUAGCAAUCCAACUAUGCAGACUUGAAGGGCAUUUAAAAAGAGCCCCAUCACACUUAAAUCAGGAACAUUCAAUAUAUUUGAGGUAUUCUGAAGCUAACUGGGUUAUGAUUAAUGGGGUAAAUGAAAAAAUCAUAGUGGCCCUGAUUAUAACUGAGAUGUAACUUAUGUAAGAUUCAUAAUAUUUUCUAUCCUGCAGAAAAUUAUGGAAGAGCAAUGUUAUGUCUCAAGUGUAACAACUGAGGAUUGUGAAUGUGUGUUGUGGAACAGUCCAUAAGGAUUGAUUGAAAUUUCUCUAUAGACAAUGUCAUUGUUAAUUUUAUACAACAAAAGUUGGAGUAACAUAAGCAGAACAAAUAUCAUGAAUAGAAAGCCAUUGUUUUUGUCCUGGAUUAUGAAAUUAGUUUAUAAUAGUGUAGUAUUAAAUUCCAUUUGUGGUUUGCUCUAAGUUUAAAAAUCUGGAGCAUUUGUCUAUCUCACACAUUUCCAAGAAAUCUUAGCUUGCACUACUAUGAUCUUUAGUCAGAAAUACUAAUGAUUAAUUAUAUGAAUAUAAAACAAAUUUUAAUUAUAUUUUUGACUAAUAUUUAAAUGAAAUGUGAUUCUUCGAACUAUGGAUGUCUUCUGAAUAGCAAUUUAAAACAUCUUGGAGACACUCAGCAUAUUGCUUAAAAUAUCCUUUAUGCUCUAAAAUCAAUUACAGAUAAUUUGGUUAAAACACUGACUUUGAAAUGUCACAUGAGCAAUAGUUACUAUACUUUGUGUAGUUUUCAACCUUAUAUUAGUUUAGUAAUUAUGACAAUGAAAGUGAUAGUUUCAGAAGACAUUUUCAAUGUUUUCUGUUUGUGGAAGUCCAAUUUUUCACACAGAGGCUGAAAACUAAAGCAAUUAAUAUCUUGAAACCUGAUUUUAAGCCAGCUGGUAUUGUUGAUUCUAUUUCUAACACUUUGGCUUAUCUGUAAUAUUUGUGUUUGCAGAUAAAUACAAUUUUUUCAUUUGCUUAUUAGAUUUGGCACCCAAGGUACCUGUUAUUUAAUAUCUCCAUUAAAUAAACAGUUUUAUUGGCUU